AUUUUUGAAAUUCCGAUAAUGGAUAAGGUCCCAUCCAUCGCUUAUUCGUGCGAAGAAGUAUCGGAAUGGCUUAAACUCAAUGGAUUUGAAACGUUUAGUGAUAAAUUUAUCGAAGAGGAUGUUGACGGUGAAGCGCUCGCUCUUUUAUCUGAGAAUGCACUCGAGUCUCUUGUCGACAAAGUUGGGCCAAGAAUGAAGCUUUUAGGCGUUAUUAAGAAGAUGGUUAGGAGUGAUUCUGAGUCUGUUGAAAGCGGCAACAGUGGUAGCUUGUCACGUUUGCCUUGGGAUUUAGAAUGCCCAAAUAACUCUAAAGAUCAAGAUUCGCCUCGUUGUUCUUCGCCAAUACCAAGGAAUGAUUGCUCCACUGUAAGAAAAACCUGGGUUACACCAUUUUGCCUACCUGAACGAUUUCCCCCAGCUGUACAAGAAGCCUUGUCAAAGAAUAUAGCCUUACCAAAGUUGAUUCGUGUGAAAUUUAUCCAGGCGAUUUAUGACAAGAUAUGCCUUUUUACAAUUUCACCAACACCUGACCAACGCCGUGAUGUAUGUAGGGCAAUUAUAUCAAAAUAUCCUUCCUUGGCAGAUGUUGGUGGCAGCUAUGAAACCUGGUAUCGUCAGUUAGGCGAUAAAGUUAAAAAUGAAUUAAGGCAUGAAAGGAGUGAUCCAGUUGUGCUAGCAAGAAAAAGAAAGUCAAUUGAAGGCUCGGAUUUGACAGCUAAGGUGCCAGGAAGCAGCCGAAGGGGAAUAAUAAAUUGGGAACCUCCUGCUGUUGAUGGUGAGGACCUACAUUCUAACAAAGCCCAUGUUCAAUGGAUGCAGAAGGAGUACCGAAAAAAGCACCCAAACAUGGAAGUCGUUAAGCAGAAAAUGCAACUGACUUUCUCCUUCAGAAGAAAGUACAUAAAUGCUGGGAAGUGUUCCCUUAAUGAAAUUGAUGCAAAAUACCCUUUUUUAUUUGAACAUGAUCAGUUGCAAGAUGAGUAUGAAAGAUUGGUGUCUGGCAGUAGUGUUAAAGAUUUGGUUGUUACAAACUUACGUGAGCUUGCACCUAAGAUUUUGAAAGCUGCCAGCAAGAAGAAACUCCCUCAACUUGAAGAACUGGUUCAAGCUUGCGUACAAAAUGAGGAUGAACUGGAUGAGGAGAACAGAUUGACAGAUGAUGAGAAAGUUGUUGUGGCACUUUGUACCUUGCCACACCUUUUGGAAAGGAAAACAAAAAAGUAAUUCACAUCCAGAAAAUUUCCUUUAUCAGACAGCAGAAAACCCAGAGGUAUUGUUAAAGAAAGCUGCCAGCCCCAUCAGCCCAUUCAUCAUCUUUGUGGAGGACAGUGAUGGUCACAUAAUGAACAAAAUGUUUGUUGCAGGGGAAAAACAAGUUUGUUUGGAAACAGAUAACAUUUUUUCAGCAGUAUCGUCCCUUUUGUUUUGUA